CCUUCCUUUGUCCUCACUUAGGUCUUGAUAAUUUUUAGUGAUCAAUUUGUCAUCUUUUUAUAUACAAUUCUUAGUGAUUUCAAAUACCCAUUUUCCAUUUGAAUUCUAUACUGAUAAACCCCAUAUAGUGCUUUUGGCUUAACUCUUUCCAAUUCACCAAAAAAAAAUGGAUCUUUUUCCACUUUUGUUACUGAAGAUUGAAUCUUUUGGCCAUUUGUCAUUGAAGAUGGAGUCAUUUUGCUCUUUUGGUACUGAAGAUUGGAUUUUUUGCUCUUUUGUGCCUGAAAAUUGAAUCUUUUCUUUUGUCACUAAAAAUUGAAUAAUUUCCCACUUUUUGUCACUGAAGGUUGAAUCUUUUUGCUCUUUUGUCAUUCAAGAUUGUAUCUUUUUCCACUUUUAUCAUUAAAGAUUGAAUCUUUUUUCACCUUUGUCACUAAAGAUUGAAUCUUUUGCCACUUUUGUCACUAAAGAUUGAUCCCCAAAUGGAGAAAGUUAAAGAUUGGGAUAAAGAAACUCUAAUCACUGAGCUUACUCAAGGGAAAGAGUUUGUAAACCAGUUUGAUCCUCUGGCUUCACCAGAGGAAUGUGAUUUACUUCUUGAGAAAAUACUUUCAUCACUUGACAAAUCAUUGUCAAUUUUGAAUUGGAAGGUUUUUAAUGGAACAAAAUACCCUUUUUCUUCUACUACUUCAUCAAUUCCUGCUCAAGGCCAAAAUAAGAAAAGAAAGAAAAUGCAGCAAUGGAGUAAACAAGUUAAAAUAUCUGGGACAGGGCAUGAAAGUUUCAAUCAUGAUGAUGGUUACAGUUGGAGAAAAUAUGGGCAGAAAGACAUUUUAGGAGCUAUUCAUCCAAGGGCUUAUUACAGAUGCACUCACAGGAAUACACAAGGCUGCUUAGCAAUAAAACAAGUUCAAAAAUCAAAAGAAGACCCUGUAGUCUUUGAAGUCACAUAUAAAGGAAUGCAUAGUUGCAAAACCUCACAAUCAUCAAUAUUCAUUUCAUAUGAAAACAAAAAGCCAAAUCAGUGUCAAAUAAAGAAACAAAAAGUUGAAAAGUUGAAUACUAUCAAAGAAGAACCUGUUCCUUUCACCCCACUAAAAUGUGAAAGUCAAAAUGCCCAAUUCUUUGCCAAUUCAAUAGAGCCAUUUACAUCAGAAUCCAUCUACUUGUCAUUGUUGCCUACUGAUCAAGAAGAGGAGUUUGAGAUGGGCAAGAUUUUGCAAAGCUCAGAAUCGGAUCAUAUUGAGUUUAGCUCGACGCCAACUUCAGUAAUUGAUUCGCCAUUCUGCGCAGACUGGGAUUUAUCAAUGGAUGGUCAACUUGAUAUUCAAGAUCCUAACUUGAUGAUUGACAUUUCUGAAUAUUUCACUGAAUUUGAUAGUAGUACGUAACAACGUCAGGAAUUCAUGUAAGGGAUUCAUACUAUGCCAGAGUGUCACACCUAGGAUUUGAACCUGUGACCUAUAAUCGGGUCAUAUUGAGUGUUUUUCGAUACCUAACUUGAGAGCCAACUCUUUGAAAAAUUAUACUAUUUAUUUUUUUAAAAGAUUUUAUUCAAGUUGUUAAUUA